GCUUGCUCGUUUAGUAUGACUGCAAUAGCGUGGCUCGUUGUUAGUUCAGUUCGCGAAUUCAUCUGUCUGUCGAAUGCACUCUGGCAAAACAAAUUCAAUUUACCCCAGAGUUUGCUUUACUAUCAUACACGGCAGCGUCUACAGUUAUUCGAGUUUCAUUGUCGCGAACAGUGGUUACGUCAGUAUAAGCACAACUUAUCGGCACGCAACAAAUUAAACAAAAUGAAAAAGAAUGUAAUGGACACAGAUGAUAUUGAUUUUGCAGUGGAAGCAAGCGCUUCUUGCCAACAAAUAUGUGAAUGGGAAGCCGAUGAAUUGGCAAAUGCAGACAUAGAAGUUGUGGAUGCAACGGGUUUUAAUGCUUCGUUCUACGAAUAUUCCGACGCACUCCCCAAAUAUUAUAACGAUGAAAUUGGCCAACUAUGUGAAGGGGUCAGCUUCACUGUACGUGGCAAAAUAGCCAGCAAUUGCGAGAGAUUUUCAAUCAACUUUGUGUACAAGAACGAACCACGAGACAUUGCUCUGCACAUCAAUCCUCGACUUCCGCAAAACUAUAUAGUGCGCAAUACCAAAGUUCAUAAUGUUUGGGGUCGCGAGGAGGUCUCCUCAGCGCUGCCAUUUUUACUACGGCGUGCUGAGAGAUUCUCCAUACAGGUGCUUGUCACCAAACAAUGCUAUAUGAUCUCGGUGAAUGGACAGCAUUUUGCCGAGUAUUCGCACCGACUGCCCUUUGAGGCAGUACGCAUACUCGAAGUCAAAGGCGACGUUGAGGAUGUGGAAAUGCAACGCACCAUGGUUGAAAGCUAUCCGCAGCGCUUACCAGAGUCAGCUGAACAAACUAUUACGGAGCUGCUGGAUACCGAAACGGAUGAGAUCGACGCAGGUGCUGAGGAAACCAUUAGUAUACCUCAUGAAUGGUGUCUGAUCAGCUCGCCAGCGAAACUAACACAAAGUCCGUCAAAGGAAAAUGUUAAAUGUACUAAUAUACAUCAGAAUCAGGGACUUACACUGCCUUACUACGGUAAGUUGGCACCUAAAUCUCUAAGAGAAGGCCGCUGUCUGAAGAUUGAAGGACGUGUACGCCUUUUGCCACACUCGUUUUACAUCAACCUGCAACAGGGUCAGGAUAUUUGGCCACAUCCUAUUAUUGCAUUCCAUUUAAACCCGCGAUUCUCGCAAACUAGCAGCAGCACCAUGGGCAAAGCUGUUGUCUGUCGUAAUGCCUGGCAUAAUGGUGCUUGGGCCGAGGAGGAAAGAUCAGAGCUUGACACUAACCUGCGACCUGGACGCACAUUUUCAUUGGCAAUUGUAUGCUCUGCAAACAAAUCGUUUGAAGUUUAUGUGAAUCGCAAGUUUAUAACAGAGUUUAAGUACCAAGUGGAUCCAGAAAUUGUGGAUACAGUCUAUAUUCAGGGUGACAUCAAGUUGUGGAAUGUCACGCUAGGUCACAAUGCUAAUGUUAAGGGCAAAAGUGUGCGAAUCUAUCACAAUCCCAUGUACUCGGAUGACUUUUGAAUUUGAAUUGAAACUCGAAUGCCUUAAGCCUUGUUACUCACUUUUGCCUUUUGUGACAAUAAUAUGCAUUAAUAAUAUUUUGUACAUACAUUUAAAAUUGCAUAAGCUUAAACCUUUUUUUCUAUACAUAACGUUUAAAUGUUCACGUCUCUAUAUAUCGAAAUAUUGUUAAGAAGUUAUUUAAAAGGCAGUAAAUUUGUUUUUCCUUAUAUACAUACACACAUCAAUCAGUUGUUAGCGCUUAAAAAUAUUGUAAAUCCACAUUUCAUUUAAAGUCAUAAUUUUAAGAAAGCAUUGUGCUCCUAAUACAUGUUAA